UUCUCAAAAAAAAAAGUUCGAUUCCGGCGAACACAGUACAGCAGAGGGAGCGAGAGAUGGGGAAGAAGGGCAAGGCGGCGGCAAGGGAGCGCCGGGAGGAGCGGCGGCGGGAAGUCACGCUCCUCCGCGCCGUACCCUACGAGCCCCACCAGCGGUGGUGGGACGGCCUCGCGCCGGCGCGCGCCGUGGCGGUGGUGACGGGGGCCAGCCGCGGCAUCGGCUACGAGAUCUCCCGCCAGCUCGCGCGCCACGGCCUCCACGUCGUCCUCGCCUCGCGCGACGCCGCGCGGGGCAGGGACGCCGCGGAGGGGAUCCUCCGCGAGGAGGGCACGAGCGCGGAGUGGCGGCAGCUCGACGUGGCGGACGCCGCGUCGGUCGAGGCCUUCGCCGCCUGGACGGCGCGGACCCACGGCGGCAUCCAUGUCCUUAUUAACAAUGCAGGUGUAAACUUCAACAGAGGAGCAGAUAACUCUGUUGAAUUUGCAGAGCAAGUAAUUGAGACAAAUUAUUUUGGUACAGGGCGGAUGAUUGAAGCCAUGCUACCAUUACUGAAACCUUCUCCGUAUGGUGGCCGGAUAGUGAAUGUGAGCUCAAGGCUUGGCAGGGCCAAUGGCAGACGCAAUAAAAUCGGCGAUGCGAUCCUAAGAGAGCAACUAUUAACUGAUGAUUGCUUAUCUGAGGAAUUGAUUGAUGGGAUGGUCACUAAAUUCCUUGAACAAGUGAAGCAAAAUAGUUGGUCCUCCAUUGAGUGGCCUCAGAUGUACACGGACUAUUCGGUCUCAAAGUUUGCUGUUAAUGUGUAUACAAGACUCAUGGCAAGGAGGUUAUCUGACAGGUCUGAAGGCCAAAAGAUUUACAUUAACUGUUUCUGUCCUGGCUGGGUAAAGACUGCCAUGACUGAUUGGGAAGGGAACAUUUCAGCCGAAGAAGGUGCUGAUACUGGAGUGUGGCUUGCUCUGUUACCCCAGGAACAAGCAACAAUUGGAAAGUUCUAUGCUGAGAGACGCGAGAUAAGCUUCUGAGGUGAUCGGAAUGGUGGAUAUGCGAGUGGGAGUGGUACAUUUAACCAUAUGUAUUUAAUUAAAGUUUUAAACUAUGUAGGUGAUCGGAAUGGUGGAUAUGCGAGUGGGAGUGGCAUGUUCAUGAAGAGCAAUCCACAUGAUUGGCAGACUCCAGCAUGGUUUUCGAGUCGCGACUCAUGCGAGUUGCUCUGGGGCAGCGACUCGGAAGAAGUCGAGCCUGCGUUGUGACUAGUCAUGACUCAGAGUCGCGAGUCGAUACUAAGCUGAGUUGACCAUAUUUUUGCGACUCAUAGACUAGUCGUCGACUAGUCGCAACUAGUCGAGCGACUCGAAAUCCAUGGACUCCAGUCGGUCAAAGAGCAUUGAGUCUUCACACUGAUGGAAGGCCAUGCUCUCUAAUUUUGUCAA